AUGGUUCUCACUACACACCACAAUUGCCACAAGAAACAACAUCGAAACGAUCCUCACGAUCAUCCCCAUUCUUCUCUACCUCCAUUAAUGACUACCAUGAGAAAUCAAACACUUGAAAAACAAUCAAAAUAUACAAAUUUUGAAUCCUUGGAAAAUGAUUGUAUUUCAAUGGACGAUCAUCAUCAUGAUGAAGAAUGGUCCGAACCAACAACAACAACUAAACAAACUCGAUCGGAUCAGAGUCCUUUGAUCUUGGAUUCUCCAAAUGGUUCGUUGGAUUGUUCAUUGGAUUUGAGUUCUCCUCUUCCUCCUUCAUUUCAUCUUGUUGGAGAGUUGUUAUUACAACAACAAUUAAAUCUUAACAACAAUAACAACCAAACAAAUAAUCAUUCAAAUAAUCAAACAAGAUUCAAAAACAUCCUUAUCGAACAUGAAUUGGUAAAUGAUGCACAAGGAGAUGUCAUGGCUGGAGAUGAUUCUUACAUGUAUCGAUCACCAUCGUCGUUAUGUGAAAGUCAAACCUUUUCGAUUGAAACUGAAAGUUUAGAAGAAGAAUUGGUGUCGGACUCUGAUCAGGAGGAAUCAUCCAUGAAUGGAAACGAAAUGGAGGAGAGUGACGAGUUUAUUGAGAAUUCAGAUCAACGACAGAAUGAAGAAGAACGUGGGAGAAGAGGAGUUGGUAUGGAAAGGAGAAGGGUUGAGAGAAUAUUCAGAGAUGAUCCAUGUGGUAGUGUCGUUGAAGAAAGUGAAGAAAUGUUGAGAAGUGGUUUCUCUAAAUUUGGUAAUUUAUUGAGGAAGCUUAAAGAAUUGUUGAAGGAUGCAAAAGAACAAUUGAUUCAUGAAUGGGAUGAAAAUGGAAGAUAUUUACUCAACUAUUAUUAUCAUCAAGUGGCACACUACUCUGGUGGAGAUGAAAGUCACUUGUCAAAACUUUUACAUGCUGUCACUCCUCGAAAACUUCAGCAAUUAUUCGAUGGUUUAACUCUUGUUAUGAAUCGACUAAGCAACAGCAAAUCUGACAACUGUCAACAAACCAAUUCAAGUCCUCAGCGACACCAUAUUAAGGAAUUGCCUCGUGAAAUUCUCGAAAACAUUUUUAGCUAUUUAUUUCAGAAAGGUGGAGUCUCCAACAAGAAUGGUUUCACUACUGCAACCACAGCCACAACCAAUACUUCCUUCUUGUGUGAAGAAGAUUUCUUGUCUGCUUUUGCUCGUGCUAACAUUUUCAGUGUUUUACUCACAUGUCGAGAAUGGUAUGAAGUAGUAACAGAGUCGACUCAAUUCUGGAGAGAAAGAGUCAUUCGAUUGAGUUUUCACUUGAAACGAAAAGAAUUUCAUGACAUUACCAAUUCCACUCACAAAAAUGGAAAAGUCUUUAGAAAUAGUUCUCAACUUCAACAACCUACAGAAUCGAAUUCUGCCUUUGUACAUAAUCCUUCUUCCUGUCAAAUUUCACAUCCAACAUUUCUGUAG